AUGGCCACCAAGGCAGCUUUAAAACGAGUGGGUAACCAGACGUUCAUGGUGCAACUUACUCGAGAAUACCAAACUAUCCAAAAGAAUCCUCCUCCAUUCAUUAUUGCCCACCCAUCGGAAAGCAAUAUCCUUGAGUGGCACUAUAUCCUCACGGGUCCUCCUGGAACCCCGUAUGAAAAUGGACAAUAUUGGGGCACGCUCAUGUUCCCUCCUGAGUAUCCGUUUGCGCCCCCAGCCAUCCGCAUGCAUACUCCCAGUGGUCGAUUCCAACCGUCUACCCGUCUUUGUCUGAGCAUCAGCGACUUCCACCCCAAGUCCUUCAACCCCGCCUGGGAGGUUUCGACCAUCCUUAUUGGAUUAUUAUCUUUCAUGACUAGCGAAGAGAUGACUACCGGAAGUGUUAGCGCCUCUGAAGCGGAGCGUCGAGUGUUUGCUGUUCGGUCGCGAUGGUGGAAUUCAACUGGGGGCGGUUCACAUCUCAGCGCCACACCGGGUGUGACUCGAACAGCCAAAGGAAUCAAUAACGUCAAGGCGGGAGAUGGAGGGUUGAAAUUCCGGACGGAGUGGCCUGAGUUGGAGCAGGAAAACUGGGCCUGGAUGAAGGAGCAUCGCAUCGAUACUAAUACCGGUCAGAUUCUCCCAGACCCUAACGCUCCUACCAGAUGUUCCCCGGAGACAAGCGCAUUGCGUCGACGUCCGAACGGAAGUGCUCCGGGGAUUGGAGCGGUGAUGGAGGGAGGCCAUGUGGCUCGGGAAGCCGGUCAGGGGUGGGCACGACGAAACCGUCUUUGGAUCGGGUUGGCGGUGCUUUUUGGUUAUGCAUUGAUCUCCAGGCUUAUGAGUGACAUGCAGGGAUAA